AUGUCGGACAAAAAUCCGAUUGUAACCCUGAACGUUGGUGGUCAACUCUUCAACACGCGACUCGAAACUUUGGGUAAUCGGGGGCGAAACGAACUAUACAAGGUAAAUUGAUUUUUAUUUCAACUUUAACUAGGGACCGCAACCAAAUUUUCAAAAAGCUUCAAUAUUACUAUGGUUGGAUAGCUGAGUGUAGGACAAAAGCGCCGAUUCCAAGAGCGCCGUUCAAAUUGAGCGCCAGUCCGCAAUGCGCCGUCGCGUGUAUGCGCCGUGUAUGCAGAUGCCGCUUUCUUUUGCGCCGAGUCCGUUUGCGCCGAAUCGUUUUGCGCCGUUAUUUCAAACUUUUAUUUUUUCGCUCUUUUUAUAUUAUUGUUUAUUGAUUGUGUAGUACGCAUUCAUAUAACACUCGAAGAAUAAUUUUCGCGCCAUCUGUUAAUAUGGACUUUUCUGCCGCAUUUUCGAAAAAAAAACUCGAACAAUUGUUUCAAGAAAAUGAGUUUAACGUUACGAAAAACGAUUUUCUGCUGUUUCACGUCUGCUAGAAUUGAAACUCUACCUUACCUAACGCAGAAAAUUUGCGACCACAAAAAAAAUCACUCAUUAUGUCGUUUAAAGCAAUAAUUUUUUUUAUCCAUUCUCUUUUCCUAUCGUUUUCUGUAUUUUUCGAUAUCAAAGGAUCAUAUUUGAUUUUUUAUUUGUACUUUGAAAAGGAAAAAGAGGAAAAAAUAUUUUACCUGGACCAAAGUAGACCUAAAAACUCAUCAUUAACGGAUGGCGCGAAAAUUAUUCGAGUCGUACAUGAAUGUGUAGUAAACAAUUAUUAAAAAAUAAUAUAAAAAGAGCGAAAAAAAUAAAAGUUUGAAAUAACGGCGCAAAACGAUUUGGCGCAAACGGACUCGGCGCAAAAAGAAAGCGGCGUCUGCAUACAGGGCGCAUACACGCGACGGCGCAUUGCGGACUGGCGCUCAAUUUGAACGGCGCUCUUGGAAUCGGCGCUUUUGUCCUAUACUCGUAUAGCUGCUCCAAUUUACUUUUUCAAAAACAGUUUAGUUUUUUUCAAAAAAAGGUUGAGAACAAAAAAAGUUAUAGUUAAAAACAGUAGUGAAAAAAAGUCGCGCAGUUUAGUACUGAAAGUUUAGAUUUUAUUGAAAACUUUUUAAAACUUUUAUUUUUUUUAGAGAUUCAGUUCAAAGUGCUUCCGUUUUUUUGGCGCUUUUUUUCAUUUUUUUAUGUUGGCUUCAAAUUAACAAUAAUUAAACUUUUUAGAUAUCGUAGAAAUUUUUAUUUUUCUUUUUAUUGAUUGAAAAAUUGAGAUACGUUAAUAUUUAAGAAAUAAAAAAAGGCGCCAACGACAUCUGACCAUGUUAAAAUGAAUUUCGAAAUUUUCACCGUCCAUUUUUUUCUCAAAAAAACAAAGCUUUCGGAAUCAGUUUUAUACUAAUAAAGUUUUGGUUAUAAUUUAAUUCACAAGUUAAAAAUUAAAAUUUUUUUACUUACACGCACUCGAAACCGAGUAAAUAAUUUUCAACUUUGCGCGGCCUCACGAAGAUUAGACACCGUGGAAAUUUUUAAUUUUUUUAUCUUAAAAGAUUUGUUUUUUUCAAUUAAAAAAAUCGAAUUCGAAAAUAAAAAAAGGCGCCAACGACAUGGAACUAGGUUAAGAACUCGAAGGAAAAAAAGUAGUUUUGGUUUUUUGUACGACACUCCGCUAAAACGCUACGAAAAUCGGGUGAAAAGUAUAUCAGAUUGAAGAGGAAGGUUUUCUCUAUGUUACCACUAAUUUUCUUUGUGUUUGGUUCAGUAUUGCGCUUUUGAAAAAUGUUAAAGUCUUCAACAUUUUUUUUUUGAAGAUUUACUCUGGCGAGACUAAGCCGGAAAAAGAUGGCACCUACUUCAUCGACCGUGAUCCUAAGCUCUUCCACUAUAUCCUCAACUACAUGCGAGAUGGUCGUAUUAUUUUCCCGAAGAAGGACCUCAUCACAAUGCAGAUUUCCCAAGAAGUCGGAGUAAGAAGCUUAAAAUUCUAGUAAACAAAUGAUUGUAUUUUUUUUUAGGCUCUUGGUCUCGAAGAAUUAUCUAAAAAUCCUGAGGUAUUACCCGGGGGAGCGGCAGAGAAUAUAAUGAUCACAAUAUUCUCAAAUACUAUUUAA